CGCUGUCACAAAAAAUAAAAAUUCAAGCCAAACAGCGCGGGGUGGUCAAUUCAAAGUCUAUUUGUGCGCCAGCAACACGACACAGAAGUAAACCUAAUUUCUUCCCAAAACACCAACUUUCAACCGUCCUUCUACUACUUUUUCUAAUCGCAGUCACCAUGGCAGAUCAGGCGCCGACCGAACAGGUCGCAAACCUGCACCUGGAUGAAGUCACUGGAGAGAAGGUGUCUAAGUCAGAGUUGAAGAAGCGACAGAAGCAACGCGAGCGUGACGCUAAGAAGCAAGAAAAGGCUGCUGCUGCACCCCCUAAGCCUGCGAAGAAGACGAAUGCUGAAGCCGAUGAGAAGGAAUUGACUCCCAAUCAAUACUUCGAGAUACGAUCUCGGGCUAUUACCAAGCUCAUCGAGACCCACGAUCCCUACCCCUACCCCCACAAGUUCAACCGCGAUUACGACCUCAACAACCUCGCCAAGGAAUAUGGCCACCUCAAGUCCGGUGAACACGACAAGACCAAGACUCUGCAGGUGGCUGGUAGAAUAUACAACAAGCGCGCGUCGGGUAGCAAGCUUCUCUUCUACGAUAUUCGAGGUAACAAUGGCGUAAAGGCCCAGAUUAUGUGUCAGGCCCAGGAAGUUCGCGAUGGUGCACCAUCUUUCGAAAAGCAGCAUGACCACAUCCGACGUGGUGACAUCAUUGGAGUCGUCGGCUACGCGGGACGAACUGCUCCUAAGACCAAGCUUGAGAAGGGCGAGGAGGGCGAACUCUCCAUCUUUGCGACUGAGAUCGUCCUACUAUCGCCUUGCCUUCACCAAUUGCCCGACGAAUACUAUGGCUUCAAGGACCAGGAACAGCGGUACCGCAAGCGAUACCUUGACCUCAUCAUGAACCCCAAGACCGCCAACACCUAUCGCACCCGUACUAAGAUCAUCAAGUACAUCCGCCGCUACCUCGACGAUGCCGGCUUUGAAGAGGUUGAGACCCCUAUCCUCAACAAGAUUGCUGGUGGUGCUACCGCCAAGCCCUUUGAGUCUCAUCUUAACGACUACAACAUGGACGUAUUUUUGCGAAUUGCUCCAGAGUUGCCUCUCAAGAUGUUGAUUGUUGGAGAAUAUGACAAGGUGUACGAGAUCGGUCGCCUGUUCCGUAACGAAGGUGCCGAUUUAACUCACAACCCAGAGUUCACUACUUGCGAGUUCUACGAAGCUUAUGCUGACUUCAACGAUCUGAUGCACCGAACUGAAGAGCUUGUCUCCGGUCUUGUCAAGCAGCUCACGGGCGGUUACACGACCACAUUUACCACACAGCACGGCGAGACGUACAACGUGAACUGGGAGGCGCCGUGGCGACGAGUGGAAAUGAUUCCUGCUCUUGAGGAAGCGACUGGAGAGAAGUUCCCUCCCGGUGACCAGCUUCACACCGACGAGACGAGAGAGUGGCUCAAGGGGGUCAUGAAGAAGGUUAACGUUGUCUGUCCCGAGCCCCAGACAACUGCACGAAUGCUCGACCGGUUGACUGGCGAGUUCAUCGAAGAAACUGCCGUAAACCCCACCUUCAUCACUGAGCAUCCCAAGAUCAUGUCUCCGCUAGCCAAGGACCACCGUAGCAAGCCUGGUCUGACUGAGCGAUUCGAGGCCUUCGUUUGCAAGAAGGAGAUUGCGAAUGCUUACACUGAGUUGAACCAACCAUUCGAGCAGCGACUCCGUUUCGAGGAGCAGGCGCGCCAGAAGGCUCAGGGUGAUGACGAGGCUCAAAUGAUCGACGAGACGUUCCUCAACGCUCUUGAGUACGGUUUACCUCCGACCGCUGGAUGGGGUCUAGGUAUCGACCGACUAGUCAUGUUCUUAACGAAUAACUACAGUAUCAAGGAGGUGCUGCUAUUCCCCUUCAUGAAUCCAGAACAGAAGAAGGACAAGGUCCCUGUCGAGGGCGCAGAGGAACCACAAGUGCAUUUGGAGGGAAUUCCCCACAAAUAGGCACAGGUACCUUUGGCCUCGGUUAGGACGAAACCCUGUUUUGGUCGGGGUGAUUUUGGUUGUAUAUGGUCUACGGCGUUUGUACAAUAAUCUCUGGGAUCCUAGAUAGUCAAAAGCAUGCUAUGCUAUACCAAGCCAUAGUAUUACGACAUGCUCUACUAUUAUCAGAGU